AUGCGUGUAUCAACAAGUCAACAAACUCGUACAUCAUUCCAAUCACCUUUGUUUAAAGCACUUCCACAAAACCCUUCUGGACUCGAAAGUAAAAAGCCGAGAGGGUCGACGUAUUUCCGACAGUCGCAACCAAGGUCGACAUACUUUGAUAGAAGAGGACAGAUGGACGACUACUUAGUCCAACAAAAGAAACUUGGAGGGAUUGGCGUGACUACACAAGACGAGGAGGACGCUGUGAUAUUACGAGACGUGAAGAUGACUGAUAUCCCGAAUAUCUUGUACGCCGUGCAACCAUUUGGGAAAGUCCUUGGAGCGGAGGAUGUCGGGGACUUUGGCGUCAAAGUCAAAUUUGCAAAUCGAGAAAGCGUGAAGAACAUCCUUUUGAUGCGAAAAAUAUACAUCGGAGGGAAGAUGUGCGAGACGAUGGAUACAAAGACAUUUGUCGAACUGAGAAGAAUCACUCAGCAGAAUACCUCGGAGUCUGUGUUCAUGCAAAACGAAAGCCUCUUCACGAAAUUCGUCGAGUUCUUGUAUGGACUUUGGAAUUGA